AUGUUGGCCAAGACAAACAUGAGAAACCUCGCGUCGCGGGGGAGUGUUGAUGAUUGUCAAUUAGUGGAAACCAAGCGUCGUGAUGUAAAGUACAAUAACCAUAUGUUUGGAGGCUUGUGGAUAGAAAAAAAUUUAAAUCCACAUGCCAGUUUAGAACUUAUCUCUCGUGCCGGACGUAGAGUCGGCAACGAACUAAGGAUCUGA